UGGAGUAAACACCGCGAGACGCGCGCGUUAAACAAAAUACAAAAUAAAUAGUUACAACCAUAUAUUGUGCAAUCGUAGGUGAAUAAUAGUGUUUUUAUGUGUUAUUUGAUAUGUUACAAGUGGAAAAUUUGUGUUUUUAGUGUUUUUCUGGUUUAUCGUUUUUAACAUAGUGACCGGAAAGUUAACCAAAGAUAGUAGUGUUAUAAUAAGUUAGUGUAACAAAGUCAGUUCUAAUGAAGCGAUGCAGAAGCAGCUAAGCAACGUCAGCAUACAGUCUUACCAGGACUACCAGCCCAGCAGGCGAUAUGGGCAGCAGUAUGAGCCGGGCGGCUACGCGGCGGCAGUGCAACAACGUACCAAUAUGACGCAGCGCGAAGACGCGCUCAAGUUCGAGCAGGGCCGCAUCCGCGCGCUGCAGGAGGAGCGUCUGCACAUCCAGAAGAAAACCUUCACAAAAUGGAUCAACUCCUUCCUGCAGAAGGCUCGAAUGGAGGUGGAGGAUUUGUUCGUGGACCUAGCUGAUGGGAGGAGACUCCUGAAGCUGCUGGAGAUCAUCAGCGGUGAAAGACUUCCGAGACCCAAUUCGGGGCGGAUGCGUGUGCACAAGAUCGAGAAUGUGAACAAAUCGCUCAGCUUCCUGCACACAAAGGUGCGGUUGGAAUCCAUCGGCGCUGAGGACAUCGUGGAUGGAAACCCUCGCCUCAUCCUCGGUCUGAUCUGGACCAUCAUCCUGCGGUUCCAGAUCCAAGAAAUUGAGAUCGAUGUGGACGAAGAGAACGAGUCCUCGGAGAAGAAGUCCGCAAAGGACGCCCUGCUGCUGUGGUGCCAGCGGAAGACCAGUGGCUACCAUGGCGUCCACAUCCACAACUUCACCGACUCCUGGCGGUCUGGCCUUGGCUUCAACGCUCUUAUACACGCUCACAGGCCGGACCUAUUCCGCUGGGCGGAGGUUCCGACCACAGACCAUGUUGAGACACUGAACCACGCCUUUGACGUCGCUAACAAGCAACUUGGUAUUCCACCGCUUCUCGACGCGGAAGACGUGGACACGACACGGCCGGACGAGAAGUCGGUGAUGACGUACGUCGCCAGCUACUAUCACACGUUCGCGCGCAUGAAGAACGAGCAAAAGAGCGGACGCAGAAUCGCUAACAUCAUCGGCCAAUUAAUGGACUGCGACGGUCGCAAGGCGGAGUACAGCCGCCUGGUGUCCACGUUGCUGGAGUGGAUCCGCAUGAAGAUCCAGGAUUUGAACUGCCGGGACUUGCCCAACUCGCUUGACGGCAUCCAGAGAUUGCUUCUUGGCUUCAAGCAGUACAGAACUGUGGAAAAACCACCAAAAUACAAGGAGCGCUCGGAAAUUGAGGCUCUGUACUUCGACAUUAACACAAUGAACAAGAGCCUGGUGGGCGAACCCUGGGCCCCACUGGAGGGCCAGCUUCCUCAGGACCUGGAGAGGGCUUGGCAGCAGCUUGAACAGGCGGAGCACGCGCGGGAAUUGGCUCUAAGAACAGAACUACUGAGACAGCAGCGCUUGGAGCAACUGGCCUACAAGUUCCAUACUAAGUCGGUGCUGCGUAAAGGGUACCUGAAGGAGAUGAUCCAAGUGCUGUCGGACCCUCGCUACGGGUCCAACGUGGCCCAAGUGGACGCCACAGUCAAGAAGCACGAGGCCAUUUCCGCUGACAUAUUGGCCAGAACCGAACGCUUCGAAGACCUUUCCGCGAUGGCAGCAGAAUUAGUGAAAGAGAACUAUCACGGCGCCGAUACCGUCUCCAGAACAGAACAAGCGGUCUUACAGCGCUGGAAAGAGCUUCUGGAACUGCUGGAACGGCACAGAAGCUCGCUCGCUAAGCUGGCUCAUCUCAUGACGUUGCUGAGAGAGGCGGAUGCUGUGGCCCAUACUCUGGGCGAGAUGAAGGCUCAGUUCCAAUCUGAAGAGGUCGGCAGGCACCUGGUGGACGUGGAGCGCCUGCUACAACAGCAUGCUCUACAGGAGUUACAGCUGGGAGCUCUGGAGGAGAGCAUCCGACGACUGGUGCGGCACGGGGCCGGGGCCGACGGCCCGCAGCAGACUACACAACAAUUGCACCACCAGCUGCAACAGCUGGAGGAUUCCCUCACUGAAUUGGUAGCGGCUGCAAAAGACCGCAAAGCGCGGCUGGAAGACGCCAGGAACUUGUACCAGUUCCUGGAAGACCAUGAUGAAGAAGAAGGCUGGGUGACGGAAAAGCAACGCAUCUGUCGCGCGGACGUCGCGGCCAAAGACCUCCGCGCCGUGCAGGCGUUAAGGCAGAAGCACACUGCACUUUUGCACGAACUGCGUGCUAAGGACCUAGUCGCGCAAAGGCACCGAUCUAAAGGCCAGAGCCUGAUCGACGCCAAGCAUCCCAAGAGUAUAGAGAUCGAGAGACGCCUCGCAUCCCUCAACAAGCAAUGGGAGAUACUCCGGGAACUGGCCGAAGCGAGAGAGAAGCAGUUGGCAGAUGCCGCGGAAGCCCAUCAGUUCUACGGGGACGCGAACGAGGCGGAGUCGUGGAUGCGUGAGAAGCGUACGGUGGUUGCGAGCGCGGACUGCGGGCGGGACGCCGCCGGCGCCGCGGCCCUGCUCGCACGCCAGCGCCUCUUGCACGACGAGUUGCGCGCGCACGCCGCGGAACUACGUGCGCUGGGGGGCGUGGCUCAGCGACUCACUGCGCAGGGCAUCCGCACUUUGCAGUUGCCAACCGAAGUAGAAGCCAACGCAGGUCUGGACCAGGAAGAAGAGUAUGUGAACGAGUCGAGACUGGUGCCUACAGAGGUUUGGGAAGAAGAACCCGUGGAGAGGCUCGAGCAUAGGACUGUGACCGAACAGCGAAGUGUUCCGCAGGUCAAAGCCCUAUACGCGUUCAGCGGUCAGGGCAUCACCAUAGCGAAAGGGGAAGUGAUGUUCCUCAUCAGCAAGACCAACCCGGACUGGUGGUCCGUGCGGAAGGCGGACCGGACCGACGGAUUCGUGCCGGCCAACUACGUGAGAGAAAUCGAGCCUAGAGUUGUGCCGGUCCAAGUCCGUCGCCCGGAGAAGGUGCGAACGGUUCAGCGCGUCAAGAAGACAGUGCUGGUGAAGCAAGUGGUUCAGGUGAAGAGGGGGGCCCCGGCGCGCCGCCCGCGCCCGCAACCCCCCGCCCCCGCGCCCUACCCCCCCGUGCAGCAGCGCAUGGAGCAGAUCGAGGCUGAAUACGAGGAACUGCUGAAGCUUUCGGAGGCGCGUCGGGCUCAGCUCGAGGAUGCUAUCAAGCUGUACAGCUUCUUCGCUGAAUGCGACGACUUCGACAAGUGGAUUCGGGACAAGGAGAAGAUGCUGCGGUCGGAAGAGCCAGAGGACAGUGUCGACACUGCCAAGAGGAAGUAUGAGAAAUUCGUCACAGACCUAUCAGCGGCGUCCAAACGCUUGGAGACCAUAGACGCGGCAGCAGAAGAGUUGGUAGCAGCCAAUCACAGCCAAGCCGCCAAAGCGACUGCACGGCGACAGCAGUUGAGACAGCAGUGGGAUCGACUUUUAAGGUUGAAACAACAAAAGGAGAAGAGUCUCGAGGGUGCUUCUAGCGUGGAACUGUUCAACCGCACGUGCGACGAGGCGCUGGACUGGAUGUCGGAGAAAGAGCAGCAGUUGGCGGCGGGCGGGGCUCCGGCGGCGGACCUGCGCACCGUGCGCUCGUUGCAGCGCCGCCACGCCCAGCUAGAACGCGAGCUCGAACCGCUGCGGGAGAAAGUUAACACGGUCACACUACUGGCUGACUCUGUAAAGUCUCAAUACCCCACCGAACGUGCCAAUGUGGAAGGAAGACAGAAGCAGCUGGAAGCCGCCUGGGGACGAUGCCGGGCUCAAGCUGCUGAAAGGCGAGCUAGGUUGGAGAGCGCGGUGGGGCACCAGGUCUUCGCCAACGGGGCAAGACAGCUGCAGGACUGGAUGCAGAAAGUACGCGAGCAAGUUGCGUCGGAAGUCCACGCGAAGGAUGUCGCAACAGCCGCCGAGCUGGUCAAACAGCACCAGGAGCUACACGACGACAUCAAGGCGCAUGAGGACGAGUUCACUGAAGUAAUAGGCCUCGGCAAACAGCUGGUAGCGUCCAACCCAGCGCUAACCGACGUGGCGGAGACAGCUAAUCUGUUAGAGGCGGAGCAAAAAGCUAUCGUCAAAGAGUGGCAAGCGAAGGACUUGCAUCUAAAACAGUGCCUCCAACUGCAAAGCUUCAACCGCGAGGCGGAUCAGAUCGACGCGUCCAGCGGGGCGCACGAGGCUUUCCUGGACUACAAUCACUGUGGGUCCUCAGUGGACGAAGCGGAAGCCCUUCUCAAGCGUCACGAAGAGUUGGAAGCGCGAUUAACCGCACAGGACGAGCGCCUCGCAGCCUUCGCGCAGAAAGCACACAGCCUAGCAAACCAGAAGGAUAAGCACUAUGCUGCUGACCAUAUCACAGCAAGACGAGCUGCUGUGUUGCAAAGAAGAGAUAACGUGCGUCAUGCGGCUGCCGAGAGACGCCGGGCGCUUUUGGCUAGCUUAGCACAUCAACAGUUCGUAGCGGCGACCGAGGAACUGCAAGCGUGGAUACAAGACAAGACCAGGACAGCUAAGGAUCAGAGCUACAGAGACCUUGCUAACUUGGAGCGCAAACUGCAGAAACACGAGGCCUUCGAACGUGAAUUACAAGCGAACGAAAAACAGCUAAGAAACGUUGAGAGCAUCGGCCAAUCCCUGCAAAAGUCAGAUCCCGCUCGCGCGACAGAAGUGUCUGAGAGGUUGGAUAAACUGCAUACGGCGUGGGAGGCGCUAGUCGCAGCGUCGCGCGACAAAGGCUCCAAGCUGCGACAGGCGUCGCAGCAGCGACAGCAUAGACGAUCGAUUGAGGAUGCGAAGGCGCGCCUGGUGGAACUAGAGCGGUCGUUGACCAGCCGGGAGUUAGGCACCGACCUGAGGUCUUGCAAGCGACUGCUGAUACAACACCAGGCCCUCGAGCAAGAACUGAACCAAUGCGAGCAACGUGCCGAAGCCCUAGUAGCGCAGGGCUCCGAUCUUGUGUCCAGCGGCCACUUUGACGCGGCGGCUAUCGAGCGAGACUGCGCAGCCUUAUUGCAAGCGGCCCGGGCGCUUCGCCCCCACGCAGUGGAGCGGAGACAGGCAUUAGAAGCUAGCUUAAGACUUCACAAAUUCGCGGCGGAGGUAUCAGGCGAGCUUGACUGGGUGUCCGAGCGCAAAGCAGCCGCCUCCUCCACGGCAUUACCCAACGACCUUCACGCUGCUCAAGCGGCUCAAAAGAAGCACGCCAAGCUCCGAGCGGAGCUACUGGGCCGGAAGCCGCUGAUACACCGCGUGCUGGAACAAGGUCGCGAGCUGCAGGGCGGGGACCAACAUCCUCAGGCUUUGAAGAUCAAACAACUCUGCAAUGAAUUGGAAGAAGCCUAUUCCUCGGUGUCACACGCUGCUGAAGAGAGGGCAGCUCGGUUGGAAGCAGCUUUAAAAGCUCAGCAGUUCCUGCACGACGCACUGGAGGUGGACUCCUGGUUGGCCGACAAGGACGCGGCGUUGUCUUCCGCAGAUGUCGGCAAUGACAGACACAGGGCCACGCAACUCCUUACCAGGCAUAAGGCCGUGGAACUGGAGUUGGACACGUACGCCGCGAUCAUCUCAGAAAUGGGACACGUCGCAGCAUCGAUGGCGUCAAGUGGUCACCCCGAAGGGGCGGCGCUAGUGAGUCGGCACGAACAGCUGGCGGACACGCUCGCACGUCUACAACGGAAGGCGGCGUUGCGACAAGCCGCGCUCGUCGAGAGUGUUUGCAGGCAUGAAUACUUGGCGGAGAGUGCAGAACUGGAGAGUUGGAUCCAAGAGCAAUACGCGGCUGCGUCCAGUGAAGAUUACGGUCAAGAUUAUGAGCAUCUUUUGAUUUUACGCUCCAAGUUUGAAGAGCUCCGCCAUCGCGUCGAGAGCGGCGCAGAACGGUUCAACCAGUGUGAAGAGCUGGCCAAGAAGCUGCUGGCUUCCGAGAGCCCGUACAUUGCUGAUAUCGAGAAGAGGCAGGAAGCUCUUGGGGAAUCCUGGCAACGGCUGGUCGACCAGAUCCAAUCCCGUGGAGCCAGACUGCACGCCGCUGGGGAAAUCCAUCGCUUCCACCGCGAUGCCAGCGACCUUUUGGCAAGGGCCGCAGACAGAAGGGCUCAAUUAGCCCCUCCACCACCCCCCAGGGACCUCAGAGCUGCGACAGCGUUGUUGCGAGACCAUGACACCGCGGAGAAUGAUCUAGUGGCAAUCGAUGCCCAAAUGCAGGUUCUACAAGAAGAAGGCGCCCGACUCCAGAAGCUCUGCCCCGGCGGCAAUGAGCAGCAGAUUGCGAUUCGCCAGCGCGCGCUGAGCGAAGCGUGGACCGCGCUGCGAAGCGCCGCCGAUGAGCGAAGGCGGCUUCUCCAUCAACACCUGAAGCUUCACCAGUUCUUCACUGAAGUCCGCGACCUGGCCUCUUGGUCGAGCGCUUUGCGCGGGGAAAUGUCUUCGAGCGGAAGCGCGCGCUCGGCCGCGGCUGCGCAGGCGCAGCGAGCGCAUCACGACGCGUUGCGCGCAGAGAUAGAUGCGCGCGACGACAGCUUCCGCGCCGCACUCGCCGCUGGCCAGGCACUCAUCGCCGACGGACACCCCAACUCACAGGAAAUCGAGGAGCGCUGCGCGGCGCUGCUGGAAGAGCGCGCGCGGCUGCAGGGCGCGUGGGCGGCGCGCCAGGUGGCGUUGGACCAGCUCAUCGACUGGCACUGCUUCCUGCGCGACGCCAAACAACUUCACGACCUGUGCGCUGCCCAGGAGGCCGCUUUGAGUAGCGAGAUUUCCCCCACCAGCAGCGUUGAAGAAGUCGAACACCAGCUAAAGAAGCACGAGGCGUUUGAGAAGCUUCUGGCGACGCAGGACGAGAAACUGACAACGCUGAACAGUCACGGCGAUAAGCUUUUACAGCAGAACCACGUGGAGAGUCAGAGGAUCGCCGAUGAGUUGCUGCACAUAAACGAGCGAAGGCAAAAGCUAUACGAGGCCGCGGGGCGUCGUCGCGAAGCGCUGAAGCGGGCCCGAGCGCGGGCCCAAUUCGCUCGCGAUGCGGCCGAGGCGAGAGGUUGGAUCGCUGACAAACUCGCGCAACUACCAGCGCACCACGGUGAAGUUACAAACCUAGAAGACAAGAUCAAGAAGUUGCAGAAACACCAGGCCUUCACAGCUGAGUUGGCUGCUAAUAGGGCUCGUCUCCAAGAGGUGCAGACCUUGGCUCAGCAACUGACUCCAGAUCCUGAGGUAGAGAAGCAGCUGGAAGACCUGCACAAAGACUGGCAGAGGUUGGAGGCCGCCACAGAACAACGAGGUCGUGGUCUGGAAGAGGCUCAAGACAUCCUGGAGUUCAACCAACACUUGGACAAGAUUGAAGCCUGGAUUCGCGACAAGGAAAUGAUGGUGCAAGCGAACGAGACCGGGCGUGACUACGAGCACUGCACGGCUUUGCUUCGCAAACUGGAUGACCUUGACAGCGAUAUGAAGGUCGACGACAAGCACGUGCGAACCAUCCAGGCGCUUGCGCACAAACUGCUCCAACAGGGUCCGACCCAGCAAGCAGAAGCGGUGUCUGUGCGAAGGGACGCGUUCCUCAGCAAAUGGCGGGCCCUGAGUGGUGCAUUGCAGUCGUACCGCGGGAGACUCACCGCCGCUCUGCAGCUACACUCCUUCAAUAGGGACGUGGAAGAGACAGCGGAGCGUGUGGCCCAGAAGGCGACGCAGUUUGCGAGCGUAGAGUGCGGGCGCGACCUGAGCGCAGCGCACGAGUUGCGGCGCCGCCACCUCGCACGCGCGGCCGAAGCGUCCGCCAUCGGCGACCGCAUCCGCGUGCUGAAAAGCGACGGGGAGAAGCUCGCCCACAGUCAUCCAGACCACGCAAAGCAAAUCGACGCCAGUCUAUCAGAGUUGGACAAGGCCUGGGACGUAUUGCAGCAGUUGUCAGCACAAAGAACCGCUGUUUUGGAUGAAGCCAUUGCCGAGCACAAAUUCGAUGAGAAUCUCAAGGAGUUGGAAUUAUGGGUGUCGGAGACGGUGAAACGUAUGGAGGGCGCGGAACCAGAAAGCGUCGCUGAUGCAGAAGCUCAAUUGGAGCAACAUCAUGAGAGAAAGGCUGAAAUCGACGGUCGUCAGAAAGCGAUCGCGUCGCUCCAGAAAGAAGUUGGCGCCCAAAACCCGGAGAAGAUGAAGCGCGUCGAGAAACUAUCCUCGACAUUGGAUCAGGACUGGCUUCAGAGGAAGCAAUAUCUAACACAAGCACAUGAGCUGCAGCUGUUCAAGGAGCAAGCCAGGCAGGUGGAGGACUGGCUAGCUGCCAAGGAAGCCUUCCUCAAUAACGAUGACCUUGGGGAGAACCUUGAUGCCGUGGAAACCCUGAUCAGAAAGCACGCGGAAUUUACUAAACUCCUGGAAUCACAGUUGGGAAGAGUGGUGGAACUGGAAAAGUUCGCGCAAACUGUGGUUGCGGGUGGUCACUACCACGCGCCUUACAUACAGCGCAGGCUGAAUGCUGUCAGCAAACGCGCUGACUCCUUGAAGGAGAGCUGUCGCAUCCGAGGAAUACGCUUGGAACAGUCGAAACAGCUGCACCAGUUCCUGCGAGACCUGACCCACGAACGGGAGUGGAUUGAGCUCAAGAUGCAGAUCGCCACUGACACUAAUUACAGAGAGCUAUCUAACCUGCAGAGCAAGAUUCAAAAGCAUGCGGCCUUCGAGUCAGAACUGGCUGCGAAUAAGAAACGCAUCGAUGACGUCGCAGCGACAGGAGAAGAUCUUAUUGAAGCUGAACACUAUGCGUCGCAAGAGAUCGCCAGACACGUUGAAGAUUUGGAAAAUCUGUGGAGAGAUCUUAUGUCAGCCGCUAAACUGCGUCGCGAUCGUCUUCAAGAAGCGUACCAAGCACGAGUGUACCUCCGCGGCCUUGAUGACUUCACCGCCUGGCUUGAUGAAGUGGAGUCACAGCUUCUCAGCGAAGAUCAUGGCAAGGACCUGUCGUCGGUGCAGGCUCUGCUGAAGCGGCACGCGCGCCUGGAGGCGGCGGGCGCGGCGAAGGCGGAGCUGGCCACGCAGCUGGCGGACACGGCGCAACAGCUGGCUGAUAAUCAGCAUUUCAUGGCGGAGGAGAUACUUGACAAAGCCGACCAAGCUGUCAAGAGAUACCGUCAGCUACAGGAGCCGAUACAGAUACGUCGCGACAAUUUGGAAGAUGCUGCCUUGUUGCAUCGCUGGGAAAGAGACGCUGACGAAGAACUCAGCUGGCUAAAGGAACGCGAAGCGACCAUAUGUUCGGACGAGGCCGGUGCUUCGCUGCCAGAAGCGCAGGCGUUGCUUAAGAAACACCUCGCUUUGGAAGCAGAGAUCAUUGCCAGAGAGUCCACAAUCAACGCAGUGUGCAACCGCGCGACUGCUCUCACUAGGCGAGGACACUUCGCCGGAAACGAACUGGAGGCUCGCUCUAGAGACUUGCGCCUCGCUCUACGGACACUUCUGGAUAGAGCAACCGCGAGAACCGCGGCAUUGAAGGAGCGCUGCGAACUUCUGCAGUUGCUGAACGAGAUUUGGGAAGCGGAGGCCUGGCUUGCGGAAAGACGGGUGGCCUUGACUGGUGCGGAGGCAGGUCGCGACGAGGAGUCGGUGCUGGCCCUCAUGAGGAGGUUGGAAGCUCAGCAGAGGGAGAUGACCGCCUUCCUGCCAACGUUGACCAAACUUGACAAGGCGUUGCAGGAGCGAGCAUCUGAAGACGAGCAAGUGAGCAAGAAACUGGAUGAGUUGAAGGUGUCGUACGAGGAGAUGAAGUUGCUAUCAGCCAAGCGACAGCAAAGACUUCAGCAGAGCUUGAAGUACUUCAAGUUCGUCCAAGAAUGCGAAGAGGUACAGGAAUGGAUCAGCGAGCAGAUGGCAACGGCUGCCAGCGAGGAGUACGGGCUCGAUGUUGAGCACGUGGAAACCUUACAGCAGGCCUUCGACAACUUCCUGACGCAAUUGCAUGCUAACGAGGGACGCAUCGAAGCAGUGUGCGAAGCGGGCCAUGUGCUUCUAGAAGAGAACACUCCAGAAGCAGACAAAGUGAAGCAGAGAAUAGAGGAUAUUCGCGGACUUUGGGACGACCUUAAGGAGCUGGCUAUAGCGAGACAAGAGGCAUUGGCAGGCGCGCGUCAAGUCCACGAGUUCGACAGAUCCGCUGAGGAGACCCUCGCGUGGGUGGCCGAGAAGGAGGCAGCAUUACAAUUGCUGAGGGCUCUGCAUCAGUUGAGAGCCUUGAGAGCUGAUCUCCACGCUAUAAGGGACCAGCAUCAGCAUCUCACGCAAGAAGCGGAAAGAUUGGGCGGAGCCUUCCCAGACGCGAAGGAACACGUUCUGGCGAAACUAGAAGACGUUACGGAUUCACUAGCUGCCCUAGAAGAACGAGCGGCGCACAACGAACAUCAGCUCGAGUUGGCAGACCAGUUGCAAGCCUACUUCGACAAGUACCAAGAGCUUACGGCCUGGACAAACGAGACCCUCGCAAGGGUUACAGCGCCAGACCUUAGCGCAGAUGUGGCGGCGGCAGAACGAUUGGUGGCGAGACAUAGAGACAUCGCUGCUGAGAUGGAUGCCAAAGAUGAGAGCUUCCAGACAUUCUAUGCUGAUGGGGAAAAACUGGUCCGCGAAGGUCACUUCAUGUCUCAGGAAGUGGAAACUCGUAUUUCCACAUUAAAAUCGCGUCGCGGAACUUUAGACGGCGUGUGGAAGGCGCGCGCACGCAUCUACGAACACCACCUGGACGCAUUGCUGUUCCUGAGAGACGCAGACGCCCUUGACCAAUGGAUCACCAGCAGAGUACCGUUGGUACGCGAUGGCAAAUACGGCGAGAGCUUGCCGCAGACUGAAGAGCUGAUCAACCGGCACCGCGACCUCGAGGAGACCAUAGACGCGCAGAAGGAGAAGUUCCUCGCCCUCAGGAGAAUUACCCUGAUUGAGAAGUCAUUCAAAGAGCAGAGGGACGAAGAAGAAGCGGCGCGCAGAAGGCACGCAGAGCGUCAAGAGGUUGAACGACUCCAACAAGUUAAGAGGAGAGAAAUGGAGAGGAUAACAGAAGAGAGAAGACGGGAAACUGAAUUCCAGGAUCAGCAGCAAAUGCAGGGAAUGCAGGUGGAACGCCAGCUCAGCACAGGUGGAGUCAGCAGUAUAGCAACCGCACCUUCUGAGGAGAACCUUAGUCCAGCUCCGCAGUUCGAGCGUCUUCCCAAGUCUGAACCCAACGUCAAACGUGCCGAGAGUAUGAGCGUGGUGAAGACGCCCAAACGUACACCGUCGUUCACGACGCGACGCCGCACGCAAAGCUUCCGAAGACACAGACGUCCUGACGAACUCCCGCCUGUUGAAAUUGAAGGCUACCUGGAACGCAAGCAGGAGGCCGGGUGCGGUGGAAAGCGUGCGACCGUGCGUUCGUGGCGUGCGUACUACUCCGUACUGUGCGGUCAGUUACUGUGCUUCUUCCGGGAUGAGCAGGACUUCGCCAGUUCCAAGGCUGCCGCGCCUCCGGUCGCCAUAUUGAACGCGCGCUGCGAGCCCGCGGGCGACUACACGAAGCGCGCGCACGUGUUCCGGCUGGCGGGCGCGGACGGCGCAGAGUACCUGUUCGCGUGCGCGUCGCGUGCUCUGAUGGCCGACUGGGUGGCCAAGCUGCGCUUCCACGCCGCCUUGCCGCCGCAGCUGCAGCUCACGCCGUACAGCGCGCCGGCGCCCGGCGACUCGCCCAACGCGGACAUCCGCCGCCGGCUGCAGAACGCUUCGUCGUCAUCGUCGGCCGCGUCGUCACCUGAGCCCCAACGCAGAACGCGGACUCAGGCUGAGAUCCUCCAAGAGCACCGCAAUAGCCAACGUGCCUCCGCCACUCCGGACAGAACCAGCCGCGUGUCCGCUAGCUCUGAAAGGAACAGCCAGAUCGGCUCUUCACCCGAGAAGAGCCAGCGAACGUCCGCAGAAAGGCAUAUCGAAUCUUCUGUACUGCCUUCCCUACCGCCGAGACAGCCCCAGCCGGUUUCAGACGACGGCGCCGACGUACUACUUAGAAAUUCGGAGCAAACAUCCCACACGUGGGGUCGAUCAAGGUUUUCUAACGGGAGGGACAUCAACGCCGAGUUUAUCUCAUCUCAGAGGGAAGACAGCGCAAGUCCACCGCUACCUUUAAUGGGCCCACCGGAUUGUCCCCCGACUAUACCCGAACGCGCCCCCAUCAUACCAGACAGGGGCCCCAACAUACCAGAAAGGGGUCCCAAUAUACCAGACAGGAACCUCAAUAUGCCGGAAAGGGGGCCGAAUGUACUCGACAGGGGUUCAAAUGUGCAUGAGAGAAUUGACAGAAGCAACAAUAAUGACAGAGGUUCGUCAGAAAGGUCCUUGAACGACAGGGGUGAGAAAUCUGUCACUGCGCUGGUGAACAGCUACCAACAGAGGAUGUCGAGGAGUUACCAUGAGAAGGUGGAUCCGAGGAGUUCCGCAGCUGCCGCUGGCUGGCAGGGCUAUGAGCGGCAGAACAAUAACUGGCAGGGUGUCGAAAGUUCGUCGCAUUUCUACACCGCCAGUGACCUUGCUUACGGCGGCGGCACCGGUUCCGCUAGCAACACCCGCCCCGCCUCAGUGGCCGGCAGUGGCGGGUCACCUGCUCUCGAUCAAAGACCUGCGUCUAGAUCAUCUGGAGAGUCAGAACUCUCUGUAGGAGGAGGUACGAAAGAGAAGAAAGACAAGAAGGGGGUCUUCGGAGGGCUCUUCAGCAGGAAGAAGAGACCCCAGAGUCAUAUGUAAACUUGAUAUUAAGAUCGCGUCACGGAAGUUGAAACUUCCACUAAACUCUUUUCUUAUUUAUGGUGUAUGAUUACUCCCGGGAUUCCCCCAAAACUGUUGUCUGUGAAAGUUGUUAAUGUCGUAUAUAGUUAUCGUUUAAUAAUUUAAUUUUAUAAAAUAAAAAAAUUAAUUUAAAAGACCUAAAAAGUUUUGAGUCCAUUUUUAUUUUGAAAGAAGUUUUAAUCUAUUUCUAAAAAAAAAGAUGGUUUAAAAAAAAAAAAUAACUAGAUGGCGUUUUGUGGGAGAUAUCGGUAAUCAACGAUUUUUGUUCAACUCUCGUGACGAAUGCCAACAUGUAAAAUAACUAUUUCUUAGUGCGCUCAUAAACAAUCUUAUGUUUUUUUAAACAACUAUCUAUGCAAUUUUGCAGCCUCUAGGCUAUUUGAUUUAAAAAAAAAACAACGCUCAGGUGUCAGAGAUAUAAGAGCAUGUUUAUGAGCCAUCUUAAAUUGUUAAAUUAAUGAAAAAAUAUUUUUUUGGUUUUCGUGUUACGUAAUUUUUAAAAAUGGCCACAUACACUCCGAUGUACUUCAGUGUUGCCAGAAUAUUAAACAACUUAUGAAUCGUAUUAAUUUAAGAUUGUUUUUAAUUUUUUUGAAUAUUCAUAUUCUCGUCCGUUCGUGCCUUUUAUCUUUAUAUUUAAUUAAAAUGUAGAUAUAUUUUAAGUUGAUCCCACAUUAAAUGAGUCGACCUUGGAAUGUACACUUUCUACGCGUAUGUGACGUCAUCAGGACCUGACAUAUGUCAACGCGAAAAUAAUUUUUGUUGUAAGAAUUCACAAUAUUUUUUGGCCUUGAAGUUACGGUGUAAUCUAGAAUAAAGAAAAGUUGACGUGUUAAUUUACCAUAAGUGUAACAUCGUAAUAACCGUUAUUGGUUAUGAUUUAUAUUUGAUAAAAAAAAACGUCGUCAUAACGGCGUCGUAUGUAUGUCAUUGAUAUUAUCGUAAGCGCGUGAUAUAUAUUCGUGAAUGACGUCUGUAAAUUCUACAUUCUUAGACGUCAUCGCGUCAAAAUGACAGUUGUAAGAAGCGGAGGCGGUUGUCUUGACCGUCACGAAAUGCGGGAUGUUUUAAUGUGGGGUCAACAUUGUGUGGCCAAAAUGUAUGGUCUUUUUUACUUUUGAGUAAUAAUUUACUUAUGUACUAUGCAGUCAACCCAUUUCUGGGAAACGGUGAUAGCGCAUUCGGCACGAGCUCGACUUCCCUUUCGGGGGGCCGAGUUCGAAUCC